AUGUCAAUAAUCAAAGACACUGACGACUAUGAGAAGUCGUUCGUCGUAAAGUACUUGAAAACGCAAGCCGAUAAAAAGAUCGCGGAGUUAGAAUCAAAGCUUGAAAACACCACAGACUCGUUCAAAAGAUUACAAAUUAGAAGAGAAAUAAAAGUUGUUGAGCAAGCAUUAGAGCUUGAGCUUAAAAAGCUAGACGGAGAAGAACAAACAAUAGAAAUGUUUGAGCUGGGAUCCAAAGCUAAGGAAAUUGGUGUUUUUGUGCAUAAUGAUGCAUUUAUUUACGGUAAUUUUAGAAUUCCGAUGAAUGCUUGGAAUUAUUUAUUUGAUUAUCAAAAGCUAGGUGUUAUGUGGAUGCUUGAUCUGUUUGAGCUAGAGAAAGGGGGCAUCUUGGCCGAUGAAAUGGGCCUUGGCAAAACCAUACAGGUUUGCACAGCAAUAGUAUCACUUUUUUAUUCAAAAAAAGCAGAACAAUUCUUGAUUUUGGCACCGGCAACAAUUAUUGAUCACUGGGUUGAUCAGCUGAGAAAGCUUGAGCCUUGUCCGAAGAUAUACAAAAAGUUGUCUAUUAAAAGCAAAGGCAUUUUUGUGCUUAGCUAUGAAUCAUUUAGACUAUGCAAUAUACUACCAACGUUUGAUGUUGUGUUUCUUGAUGAAGGCCAUAAAAUCAAAAACAAAGAGUCGCUAAUAUCGCAGUCGGCGAAGAGAAUGCAAGCAAGAUGCCGUUUUGUAAUAACAGGCACUCCAAUACAAAACAAUCUUGCAGAAUUAUGGUCUAUUUUUGACUUCGUAAAUCCAAAUGUGCUUGGAUCAUACUCUACCUUCCAGGAUGAAUUUGAAAGGAAGAUAAAGCAUUGUAAAACCGAAAAAGAAAAACAGAUAUCAUACCAAUAUUCAGUUAUGCUGAGAUCAAUCAUAGAACCGUUUAUACUCCGGAGAAUGAAGGCAUCUGUCAAUCACAUUCUGCCCAGUAAGCUUGAUAAAGUAAUUUUUAUUAGCCUAACAGAUAAACAACUGCAAAUGUACUUAGAGGCUUUGAAGUCAAAGAAAUUUGAAAUAUUGAUUAAAAGCGGGUUUGGAUCAAAGGGCAGUUUGCUUAGCGCAUUGGUAUAUCUAAGAAAGAUCUGCAACCAUCCGUUACUCGUGGGUGAAAAGCCAUUCGUAGAGUAUAGCCACAGCGACUCUUCAGACUCAGGCAAUCCCGAUUUACAAAAUGCCAGUGUUAAUCAGCUUAUUAAUGACUCGUCCAAGCUAAAAGUUACGUUUGAUAUGCUUGACCAAUGGUACAGCGAAAAGAAUCGCGUUCUGCUAUUUUUCCAAACAUAUAAAAUGCUUCAAAUAGCCAAAAUGGGAAUAUCAAGCUUUAGACCUGAUUUCAAAUUUAUUGAAAUGUCAGGAAAAACACCAACAUCAAAAAGAUCCACAAUAAUCAACACAUUCAACAAUGACCAUAGCUAUUUUAUUUUUCUACUUACCACACGUGUUGGUGGGCUAGGAUUAAAUUUAACUGGCGCCAACAGAAUAGUCAUAUAUGAUCCAGAUUGGAACCCAUCGACGGACAGUCAAGCCAAGGAGAGAAUAUAUCGAUAUGGACAAAAAUCUAAAGUUGAAAUUUACAGACUGGUCUGUAGAGAUACUAUUGAAGAAAAAAUAUAUCAGAAACAGAUUUAUAAAGACUGUUUGAGCAAAAAGAUUCUAUCAAACCCCAAUGCCAACUUUGAUCGAGACUAUUUCCUGGAUCUCUUUGAUAUCCAUUCAAGCUUCAAGAAAGAUGCACAGGUAGCCGAAAGCAAGGAAUUUACAGUUGAAAACGAUGAGCUGGUGAGUAUAAAAGAGGAGGACAAGAGAGAUUUCAAUAUUUUCAAGGCACUAAACUCAAAGACCGCAUUGACAGGGAAGGAAUUAAUUGACUACAUUAAAAGACGUGAAAGCAACUUAAGUGAAUAA